AUGCUGGCUGGGCGAGUCGUCGCCUUCCUCUCCCUGACCUGGGGCGCUUACCAGAGCCUGGCCGUCCCCAGGGUCGCGGAAUGUGGCCUCUCCUGUUCCCAGGGCUUCACCUGCAAGAGCCACAUAAACCGAAAUAUUUUCAACAGCUUCUGCCGGGAGCCCCCGACGUCCAUGCCCGGGUCUGUCCUGGAGGCCCUGGCCCUGUCCACCGCCAUGAAGUGCACCCCCCGCGACGGCUGCUCCUUGCUGCUACUCGUCAAUGCCUCUCUCACACUGCACGAGGGCCUGCGGGGCCUGGAGGCCUGCUCCAUGAGCCUGGACACCCAGGAGACACAGUGCCAGAGCGUGCGGGUCCCCAGGGCCUCCCGCCGGCUGCAGGUGGGGCAGCAGCUCCAGGUGCACUUUGACUGCUUUGAGGUGAGCGUGGCCCAGAGCCUCUACGUCACCCUGAGGACUGUCCCCCACUUCUGCGGGGUCCAGCUGGACCAGCGGUACCAUGUGGAAGACUGCGCGGACGAGGACCUAGGGAGGAACGUGCCCGACUGCUUUGCUGGGAAGCUCUCCUACUGGGUGGACCGCAGCCGCAAGGUCGUUCUGGUACAGGUGCCAGAGUCAGGGGGCCCGGACUACUACGUUCGGCUCUGCCUCAAGUGGUUCACGUGCGAGGACGCGGGCGCCCCAGUGCGAGUGACAGCGAACAGGGUCUCCCGGAGGGUCUCUCUGCCCUACAAGCAAGAGUUGCCGUGCCUGUGCCUUGAGGGCUGGUCUGCGACGCCUGACGCCGUGCGGAUCCAGACCUGCCCCUUCGAAGAUGACACGGAGACGCUGUGGGAUGCCAUCCGCUACCACCCGGGGAGCCAGGCGCUGAGCUGGGAGCCUGCCUGUCCCAUGAGUGGCCGUGUGAGUCUGUGCUGGCGUCCAGGGCCAGGGCCCCAGUGCCUGGAGCUGGAGCACUCGGGCCGGGCCGCACACAGCAGGGUGCAGUACCCUCUUGUGGACACCCAGCCCCAGCUCUGCCUGAAGUUCUCCACGAGCCUGGGCUUCCCGGUGAGGUGCCCUUUUGAGCAGCCGCGCUUCCCAGCCUGGAAGAUGACCGUCCAGCUGGCACCCGCUCCGGGCCACCUCCGGGUGGCGUUCUUCUCGCCCAGCCCUGCCCGCUUCCAGGUGUGCCUGUGUCACCGAGGGGAGACGUGGCCCCCCGCGUGCCGCCGGGUGCUGCAGGCCACCCCCAUCCCGGCGGGUGACCCCACAGAGGACCCUGCGGUGGCCGUUGUGGACAUUCCCGGGGACCAGGCCUGUGCACCCGGCACCUGCAUCCAGGGCAGGAGGACCGACGUCCAGUUCUCCGCCCCCCAGCAGCUGUGCGACCUCCAGUGCGCUGCCACCCGGGGGACAGCAGCCUGA